AUGUUGGUCUCUUUCCUGAACGAUGUUAAGGUUUACAACCUCACAGCAGGAAAGUCAUUACCGGAAUGGCUUUCCGAAAGGAAAAGGCGAAAGCUGCUUCGCGGAGACGUCGAACUGCAACGAAGAAUUGAGCUCAUUCAAGAUUUCGGCAUGCCGGAUGCCAGCUCCUGUGUCCAGCUGACUAACGACCACAACUACAUCUAUGCUGCAGGUAUAUAG